AUGAUCUACGAAGUUGCCGCCGCCGUCGAGCACAUUGUCUCGCUCGUCCAGCAGGUCGAGCGCGAUCAACCUGUUGCUCCCGAAGCCCUCGCUGCCUUCGUAUCCACCCUCAAGGACUCGCUCGAGACACGCUGCCAAAAGUGCUGGAACCCCGCUGAGCCCGAGAACGGCUCGGCUUGUCGAUCUGUAGCAUGGCACCUCCACCCAGCAGGCGAGGGCGCUGACCGAGACCUUCUUCGUGCUUUUGCUUCGGUAGUUCAGGCACGUGCUCAGGAGGGCGAAAUUGUCCCGCCGCAUCACUCCAAAGUGGUACAGCUUGCACUUGAAUGGCUUCCACUUGCUUUCACGCUGUGGAUCGACCCUGGCUGCGUCGCUAUUCGCACGGGUACCGGUCCGGGUGCUGCUCGUUCCUCUUCGUUUGACUGUGACCAUCUCAAGUCUGCUUCGUCUUCCAUUCAUGUCAUCUGGGGUCAGAUGGUAGCUCAACCCGCUGAGCGCCAUAUGCCUCAACUCACCGUCAGCAGCGCCGCACCUCGGCCUGUCCCCAUCGUCAAGCCUACACUCGCUGUCGCCCACUCGCGCUACCCCGUCAGCCUCUUCACCAACCUGGGCGCCCAACGCCACUCUCGUUCACCCUCCUCCGCUUCGAGCUCUGCUUCGAGCUCCUGUCAAGGUCUUGUCCGAAGCGCAAGCCUGUCCAGCACCCACACUGUUUCAACCGAUGCCACCAGCCUCAGUGGUCUCGAAGCGGAUGCCGAGUCCGACACCUGCCCCAGCCUUGGCUGCUCUCCUGCGUCUUCCCUGGCAUCCACCCACUGCACCCCGACAAUCGAAAACGACCGCGAGUCGGUGCACGAUACCACCAUCGGCGACGCCGACGCCACGCAGCGCUUCGCUGGGAUCCGUCUGUUCGAUGAUGAUGCUGGUCAAGAAGACGAUGAGGCGGGUGAUGCCACUAUCGAUGCUAGCCCCAUGCUGGGCCUUAGCAUUUCCAAGAUCGCAAGUGCCGGAGCUGCGUCACACACGCUUGGUGCGGGUUUCAACUCUGCCCCUGCCGCCAACGAUGUCGCAAUUGUUGCUUCAUCCAACCCGGUCAAGUGCAACUACACCACGCACGACAACGGUAAUGUGGGGGUAUUGGGCGGUGGUGUGCGCCUUGGUGGCGGUGGUAGCUCGGCGAAGAGUGGUGCUCAGCCUCCCCGACACCGUCAGCAUCUGAACUCCAAGAGUGUCAGCUACCUGCACGCAGCUCCGUCGCACGGCCAGCUGCUUCCCGCGUACGUGCCUCGCCAGCACAUGCCGCAGCGACCGCAGUUUCACCACAUGAACGCUGCUGCGGCCAACUACAGCGCGCCGAUGCCGACGGUGCCACUGCCGGCUGCACCUCUUCAGCACCAGCACCAGCAGUACCAGGGUGGAUAUCUUCAGCAUCAGGGUCAGUACCAGCAGCACCAGCACCAGCAGUAUGCGGCUCCGCAGCCGAGGCGGGCGGGGAUGGGGCCGUUCGGAGGUGCCUCGCAGCUGCCGGCUCCGUUUGGCUUCCCAUUUGCGCCGCAGCCACCGCAGAAGCAGCAGCAGCAGGGUUACGCGCAGUACGCGGCUCAGCAACAACACGCUGUGCACGCAGUCCACCUCGACGCCGCGGGCGAUGAGGGGCAGGAGGAUGACGCGGACAAAGCGUCCGCGGUUGGUCGUCGGCGUUUGCGCUCGCGAGGCCGUCGCUCCCGUGGUCGUGGUGCCGGCCGCGCAGCGCGUCGUCAGGCAGCCGCAAUGCGGGCGUUGGAGCUGGGCAGCACCGACGAGCUGCCCGAGUUUGACUGCGAUGAGGAGGACGAUGACGAGCUGGGCUCGCGCUGCUCUACGCCUGCGACGUCGUCCGAGUACACGGCGUACUCGAGUACGGCCUCGUCAGUGUACUCGAGCGCUGCGUCGAGUCCCGCCAAGGCCGGCAAGGUCAGCCAGCGAACCUCUCGGAACGAUCUGCGCGGCGACUUUGGCAGGCAAAUCUGCGACGGCCUUGCACGUCUCGUCGCUUGA